AAGAACGUUCAGGAAGGUUAUUUCUUAUUUUGUCAGUCAAGUGCGCACUGUGAACAGAAAAGGUUGACAAUACAUUUACACGUGUGAUCGUUAUACCAGAACUUCAUUAAAACCAUGUUGGUGGCGAGGCUAGCAUGCCUGCGCACUUUCCCAGUGGUGGGGCUGCGUCCCAUGUUGUCCGGGAGCACUCCAGCCAUAAGGAACUCGACCCUGAAGGCUUUCCCCCCACUGCUGAAGCCUCACCAGGGCUAUUCAACAAAAUCCAGAUUUGGCUUCCGCCGCACAAGAAGUCCCAAAGACCAACUCAGUGAAGCUGCUUUUGAGCCAGCAACGAAUACUGCAAUUAAAAUUGACAGCAUGGGCAGAAUGGUUCUGGCUGGUGGGGCUGCUGUGGGUCUUGGAGCUCUGUGUUACUACGGCCUGGGCAUGUCCAAUGAAAUUGGUGCAAUUGAAAAGGCUGUGAUUUGGCCCCAGUACGUCAAGGACAGGAUCCACUCCACCUACAUGUACUUUGCAGGCAGCAUUGGACUGACGGCCCUGUCUACUGUGGCAGUGAGCAGGACCCCAGCUCUAAUGGGCUUGAUGAUGAGGGGCUCCUGGAUGGCCAUUGGAGCGACCUUUGCUGCCAUGAUUGGAGCUGGCAUGCUUGUCAGGUCCAUUUCUUAUGACCAAAGCCCAGGGCCUAAACACUUGGCUUGGAUGCUCCACGCAGGUGUGAUGGGAGCCGUUGUGGCCCCUCUGACGCUGCUGGGUGGGCCACUGAUGAUGCGUGCAGCGUGGUACACUGCUGGUAUUGUGGGAGGGCUGUCCACCGUGGCCAUGUGUGCCCCCAGCGAAAAGUUCCUCAACAUGGGUGGGCCCCUGGCUGUCGGCUUUGGAGUGGUCUUCGCCUCCUCCCUCGGGUCCAUGUUCCUGCCACCCACCUCUGCGUUUGGAGCUGGGCUUUAUUCGGUGGCAGUGUACGGAGGCCUGCUCCUGUUCAGCAUGUUCCUGCUCUACGACACACAGAAGGUCGUCAAGAGGGCAGAGACCUACCCUCUCUACGGAGUCCAGAAAUACGACCCCAUCAACUCGUGCAUGGGGAUUUACAUGGACACAAUGAACAUCUUCAUGAGGUUGGUGAUGAUUCUGUCCGGCAACAACAGGAGGAAAUAAGCAGUGCCUGUUUGGCAAACUUAAAAUCUCAAUUCUUCAAUUAGCAGCAUACACAAUAUCUUUUAGUCUAAUGUUGAUCUGAAAAAUAAACUGUAUGCAUUGCAUUUGUGUGAAGGAGAGGGAUGGCAUGUACUAGUGCAUAUUGUCACUCUACAAAUUGCUCCAAUCAAUAUUCUAUAGUUUUUACCCUGAAUGCAAAGGUGGUGCAUUUGAUUGAAGUCUUUAAGGGUUUACAUUGAUGUCUGUCUACAUCAGUCCACCUCAGUCUUGUUCAUUUUUGUAUUUAUUUAUUACAUUUGGGGGGUUUUCUUUCUGUAAAGUGUUGGGAAAAUAUCAUAUAAUUCAAAACAGGGUUGUGACGGCUAAUCUCAUGCUACUUUUGCCUCCCUUUGCAUACCAUGUGAUCGCAGUACUUGAAAUAGUGUUCAAAAUGCAUUUGUUGGGCUCUAGAAAAGUUACAUUGACUUUGUCGAGAUGUAUAUUUCAGGAAUUCAAUAAAGCAAGAUGAACAGA